AUGCCCUCCGACUCUCCAGUCCAGCGCGAAGCGAGUAAGCAGCCUGCUCCUCGGUGCACAGAACACGUUUACUCACCAGUCGUCUCGCGUUCAGCAUCUCAGUCUCGUUCUCCUUCUCCCUCAGGAAACGACGUUUUGACGCUUCGUUCACUCGUCAGCACCAAGGAUGCUGGUGUCAUCAUCGGAAAAGCCGGCAAGAACGUUGCUGACCUCAGAGACCAGACCGGUGUCAAAGCCGGUGUCAGCAAGGUUGUUCCUGGUGUGCACGAACGCGUUCUGACUGUGAGUGGUUCCGUGGAGGGCGUGGCAAAGGCCUACGCUCUCAUCGUGUCUCAAUUGAUGACAGCGAGUCCCUCCUCCCCGACCACGAUGUCUUCCUCGCCGAAUACCUCCAUACGUCUUCUCAUUUCCCACAACCUCAUGGGCAGCGUUAUUGGUCGUAACGGCCUCAAGAUCAAGGCGAUCCAGGACUCGUCGGGUGCACGCAUGGUAGCGUCGAAAGACAUGCUCCCUCAAUCCACGGAACGUAUCGUGGAGGUGCAGGGUCCUUCGGAUGCUAUCGGUCGUGCUGUCGAGGAGAUUGGCCGAUGUCUACUGGAGGACUGGGAGCGGGGGGCAGGCACGGUUCUCUUCCAUCCGGGCGUUGGUGACGAGAGGUCGGGGCGACGGUCGUCCAACGCAAGUCGGCGUUACGGCGACGCGCCGAACGGCCGAGGUCGGACCUCCCCGUCUCCAAACGCCCCAUCACCACCUCCGACAAAUCUGCGGACGCAAAACAUCUCCAUCCCUUCCGACAUGGUGGGCUGCAUCAUUGGUCGCAACGGCACCAAGAUCACUGAAAUUCGGCGACUGUCCGGUUCUAAAAUCUCCAUCGCCAAAGAGCCGCAUGACGAGACCGGCGAGCGCAUGUUCACCAUCGUCGGCACACCAGAGGCUAAUGAGAAGGCGCUGUUUUUACUCUACAACCAACUCGAGAGCGAGAAGGAGAGACGCGUGGGACGGGACCAGCAACAGCAGGAGGAAAUGCAGGACUAG